AUAUAUUAUCUAAGAGGCCACUGUGGUCUGUGGGGUGAUUUAAAUUCCAUCUAGGGUUUUGACUAUUGUGUAUGUCACCUAUCUUUCCUCUCGCGUCUCUCCCCUUUACUCAGAAAUGGCGAAAUCGAAGAAUCACACGGCGCACAAUCAGUCUGCCAAGGCGCAUAAGAACGGAAUCAAGAAGCCAAGGAGACACCGUCACACACCAACCAGAGGAAUGGAUCCUAAAUUCCUAAGAAACCAGAGGUAUGCAAGGAAGCACAACGUCAAGAGUGGCGAGAAUGCUGGUGUCGAAGAGUAGAUCUUUUGAUCGUCUGAUUGACAGUUUAAGUUUUUUUUAUGAAUUUCACUUGUUUAGACAAAGGAACCAAUGUUCUACAAUCAGGGAUUAUGUCUAUCCAGAUUCUCUUAUAUAUUUUGCAUGUUACUUGAUUUGAUGCAAUUCUUUCACUUGUUCGUUUAUGUUCAUGUAGACCUAUAAUCUGAAAGCUGAACCUGAUUUACAUAUAUAGGUUUGUCUGGCCUUUACUUGAAUCAAUCUGGUUUUAUUCA